GCGCGGCGGGUGCAACAGCAGCAUCUUCGAGAGGAGAUACCGCUGGCAGCCGCGGCGGCAGCAGCAGCAGCGAGCUGCCUUCUCGGUCGCUGGAGUCGGGCAUCGGCUGGCGGUGGAAUUUUCAGCAAGAUGUUCAAGGUAGCAGCCUUCGCCUGCGUGUGGGCAGCCGCUUGGUGCAAUCCAGCCGUGGCGGCGGCGGGGUCCAUAGCUGCAGCGGCGACGGGAGCCGGAGGCAGGUCAGACAGCGGGAAUUUCCUGGAUGAUAAGCAAUGGCUUACAACCAUCUCCCAGUACGACAAGGAGGUCGGACAGUGGAACAAAUUCCGAGACGAAGUUGAGGAUGAUUAUUUCCGUACAUGGAGUCCACUUACAUCCUUUGAUCAAGCUUUAGACCCAGCUAAAGAUCCAUGCUUAAAGAUGAAAUGCAUUCGUCAUAAGGUAUGCAUUGCACAAGAUCAACAAACAGCUGUUUGCAUUAGCCACCGGAGACUGACACACAGGAUGAAAGAAGCUGGUUUAAGUCAUAAACAAUGGAGAGUUGGUUCUCUUUCAUCAAAAUGCAAACAGUGUCCUGUAAUUUAUACCAAUCCGGUUUGUGGAUCCGAUGGUCACACAUAUUCUUCUCAGUGCAAACUAGACUAUCAGGCAUGUGCCUCAGGAAAACAUAUCUCAGCUAAGUGUGAAGGACGUUGUCCUUGCCUUUCAGAAAAGGCCACAAGUGCAGGCAGAGGUGAUAAGAGAGCGUGUGGCGACUUGGAGUUCAGAGAAGUUGCAAGUAGAUUGCGAGACUGGUUCAAGGCACUUCACGAAAGUGGAAUUCAGAAGAGAGCUAGACCUUUGCAAAGGCCCGAAAGAAGCAGAUUUGAUACCAGCAUUUUACCAAUUUGCAAGGACUCUCUUGGCUGGAUGUUUAACCGACUUGAUACAAACUAUGACCUACUUUUGGACCAAUCAGAACUUGGAAGUAUAUAUCUUGACAAGAAUGAGCAGUGCACCAAGGCAUUCUUCAAUUCUUGUGACACUUACAAGGACAGUUUAAUAUCAAACAAUGAAUGGUGUUACUGUUUCCAAAGGCAGCAAG